GGAGAGCCGGGGGAGGAGGCGGCCGCGGGGGCCGGCACCAGGUCUGGGAUUCGAUCUGCGGUCCCAUCGAGUGCUGGACCAGCGGCCGUCCGGGGCACCCUGGCCUGCGCGCGCCCGCGGCUCUGGGUCACCCCGGCCCCAGGCGCCGGCGGCUGCGGGAGGGGGGUAGGGAGGAUCGGAGGGCGCGGGCGCCCUGUGUGCUGAGCAGGCGGGAGGCGGCCGGGGGCCGGGACGCCAUGUCCAUGGAGGACCCCUUCUUUGUGGUGAAAGGAGAGGUACAGAAAGCUGUCAACACUGCCCAGGGGUUGUUUCAGAGAUGGACAGAGCUCCUCCAGGACCCUUCCUCGGCCACAAGGGAGGAAAUCGACUGGACCACCAACGAGCUGAGAAACAACCUCCGGAGCAUAGAGUGGGACCUAGAGGACCUGGAUGAAACCAUCAGCAUAGUUGAAGCAAAUCCUAGAAAAUUCAAUCUCGACGCAACUGAAUUGAGUAUAAGAAAAUCCUUCAUCACAAGUACUCGGCAAGUUGUCAGGGACAUGAAAGAUCAGAUGUCAACUUCAUCUGUGCAGGCAUUAGCUGAAAGAAAAAACAGACAGGCACUGCUGGGAGACAGCGGUGGCCAGAAGUGGAGCACAGGAACCCCGGAUAAAUACGGGCGCCUGGACCGGGAGCUCCAAUUAGCCAACUCCCACUUCAUCGAGGAGCAGCAGGCACAGCAACAGCUGACCGUGGAGCAGCAGGAUGAGCAGUUGGAGCUGGUCUCUGGCAGCAUCGGGGUGCUGAAGAGCAUGUCCCAGCGCAUCGGAGCGGAGCUGGAGGAACAGGCAGUUAUGCUGGAUGAUUUCUCCCACGAGUUGGAGAGCACUCACUCUCGGCUGGACAAUGUGAUGAAGAAACUGGCAAAAGUAUCGCACAUGACCAGUGAUCGGCGCCAGUGGUGUGCCAUAGCCGUCCUCUUUGCCAUCCUGCUGGUCGUGCUGCUCCUCUUCUUGGUGCUGUGACGCACAGGAACUGGGAGGAGGACAAGCAGCCCCCGGUGCCGGCUCCCACCUGCCACUCCUGGGAACACAGCCCACGCUGACUUUUCUCUGGGUGACCCCACCUUUGAGGCAGCUCCUCCGUCCAGUGCUGGAGGGGCCGGUGGGAAGAGGACCUAACAGCUUCACACUCCUGGCGCCACCUGUCCUGUCCUGAGGACAGCUUGCCUCUGCUUUGCCUCCCUGGACCUCGUUCCCCGUGGAGGGCCUCUGAGGAAUCCAGAACAAUUCGCAGACUCAGUAGUGUUCAGUGUUGCUCAUUGCGUCCGUUCGUCUCUGGCGGCUCUUUUCUCCUGCUCAGACCCUCUCCCUGCCCAGCCGGCAGCCAGAAGGACCCUGUCGGGAAUGGGGUCCUGGGUCCCCUCCGCUGCCCCUCGUGGGAGUGUUCUUUAGCCCCUGAGAGCUGGUCAUUCUGGGGACAGAAGGCCCAGAAGCAGUUUGGGACAGAAAAUGCAGUGGUUCUUUUUGCAGGGAUGAUUGCCUUUCCAGGCACAUCUUUUUAUGGUAAGAACUAAUGGGAAAUAAUGAAAAGCACUGGGCUUUGGGAGUGCUAACAACUUGUGUCUUGAAUUGAAGGGAGGAAGGGGAGCAGGACCCUGAGUGUGCACAGCUGAGGGAAGGGGGCAAGGUCAUGGGAGGUCACAGCCUGGCUGAAUUCAGGUGGCUGUCCUGCAGGCUCCUCCCCAGAGGUUCAACGUGUAUUUUUAGGAUGACCCUUAAACAUAUGGCUGCUGAGCAGCACACGAAUGGAUUUAGAUCCUGUGGCUCUCUCUCCCCCUUGGCAGAUGGGGUUGGGAAUGGUUAGCACAUUUAUUACAUUUAGUCAGAAACUGUAAUGACAAAAAAGGCUAGUUCUGGACCAGGCUUUUCUAACCCUGUGAGAAAUGGCAAAAAGGGGUAGGUGAAAUGGUUGUUUUUUCCCUUCAGAUGACAACUUGAUUUUUAUCCAUUCAAAUCACUGAGCCAAUCCAAAUUUAAACAACAGAUGCUUCCAUUGAGUUUUAGUUGCUGAGACUCUAAACUUCAAGCUUCUGGUGACUCUGCGUCCAACGUGACCAUGUACAUAGGAUAUUUUUAUAACCUUCCUGACGAAUAACCUAAUACUGAAGCAGCAGCUGAGCAAGGCAGCCUGGCAGCCGAAGCUGCAUCUUCACCGUCCUCUUUUGCACGUGGGAAGCGCAGUGACAUCAGAUAGAGUUCUAGCUUUGACUUCUCAUUUCCUAAUCUUUUGGCGUCCAUUCCUAACUUUUUCAAACUUUUUUUUCUCCUUUUGUUUGUAUUUCUUGGUUUUUGUUUUGUUUGGGGCUUUUAUUCCUCUUUUUUUUUUUUUUUUUUUUUGUGAUUUGCAAUGAUGUAUUUGCCCAGCUAACUUUUGAAUUGCACUUUUUAAUAAAUAUUUGUAACAAUUUUUUAAAGAAGGGUAUUUUCUCAUGUGUAGGAUGCUGGUAGAUAAGGCAGUCUGCAUGUUGAUGAAAGCUAAAAAUAGAUUUACAAAACUUAAAGGGUGGUUGACACCUAUGUUUACACUCAAUUCUAUUUGAUAUAUAAAUGGUAAUUUCUUUUCAAAUGAGUAAAAAAAGGUAAUUGUUACAAAGGGCUUGAGAUGUAGGGUACUAGAUUAUUUGUUUUACAAAGUUUUGAGACAUUCAAAUAGCCUUCUAUAAACUUAGAAGAGGGAUAGUCCUUAGAUUUGCAUUAAGAUAUACAAGUCUUUGUUAAAACUUUUUUAAAAUGUGGGCCUUGUCUUAGUGGUCUCAUCUACACUCUCCACCUUCCACCAAGGAACCGGAGUCUGAAUUACGUGACUGCCCUACUUAGGGGCCAUGCUGUUGUCCAGAUUUACCGUGUCGCGUGUGUCAGGAGGGCCUGCUGGGAACACGUCUGAUCAUUAAUGAGCAAGACAUUCCCCUGACUUCAGGGUCUAAGUUUUGAGAUCAUGAGGCUUAAUGACUCAAUGUUUGGAUAUAUUUAGAAUUGGCAUGCUGACCUCACCCAUUUCAGGUGUCAGCUAAACAGUGGUUAUUGUAAAGCAGACUCACGGGCCGAAGCUGAAUAGAGAAAUAUUUGGAAAGAGAACAUUUACUGAAAAUAUAAGCACUAUGUAUGUUCUCCCUGUAGGCCACUGCCCUCCACCCGCAACGGAGCUGUUCCUGGGCAGCCGGCCUCGUAGUGUGGCCUCAGAGCUGGCUCUUCCCCAGUCAUCUCUCUGGCCUCACUAGUUUGAUCCUGGGUCUGAGCCUGUUGUGCCCGGACUGGGUGGUCCCUACAGACGAAUGGUCAGGCCCCCAACCCAGAUUCCAAACUAGCGCUCCAAGAGAGCAAGCCAGGCCCUAGCUGGGUCGGCUCAGUAGAUAGAGCGUUAGCCUGCAGACUGAAGGGUCCCGGAAUCAGUUCCAGUCAAGGGCACGUACCCAGGUUGCGGGCUUGAUCCCCAGUAGUGGGCAUGCAAGAG